AUGCUAAAUUCCAACAGCUGGGAUUACAUUUGUGAGUAUGCAGUAACCUAUCAAGAUUUGCAUAUCAACUUCACUCAGGAAGAGUGGGCUUUGCUAGAUCCUUCACAGAAGAAUCUUUACAAAGAUGUGAUGCUGGAGACCUAUAUGAACCUCAAGGCUAUAGGCUACAAAUGGGAAGAUGAUAAUAUCAAAGAACAUCACCAAAGUUCUCAAAGGCAUGCAAGGUAUAUCUUAUGGCACUCAAAAUGCAAACCAUAUGAACACAGGGACAUGAAAAGAGCAAUGAGCUUCUCUCCAUCUCAGAACAAUUAG